GAGUUUUUAGCCUUAUAAGUUUAAAAUACGCGAGGAUCCGUCUGCGAAACAUGCAGCGAAUCUUGAAUCUCUUUUACACAUCCAUAUAAAACUUAUGACUGGUCUGCUGUGUUAGAAAAAAGAGGAAAAAGAAAAAAAGAGAAAAAUAAUGGACUUGAGCUUGGAUUUAAGUUUUGUUUAUGUACCAGCAAGCAUAUCUGAGUUUCUGAAAGAAGUUUCGAGUAUAAAAAAUGGGUUCCAAAGAUUAUUGAAGAUUUGUGAUUUUGUUAAAAGAUUGGAAGAUGAGAUGAAGAAAAUCGAUGCCUUUAAACGCGAACUUCCCCUUUGCAUGCUUCUCUUGAAAGAUGGGAUCAAGAGAUUGAAGGAGGAAGAAAUGCAGUGUAAGGAAAUGGAUGAUGGAUCAGUGACGAAAGAGUCGAUGUUGCCAUUGAAGGGAAAUACUGAGGAAAAUGGAAGGGUAAAUGUGGAAAAAAGGAAAAACUGGAUGAGUUCUGUUCAACUCUGGACCUCUGAUUCCGACAACGUUGAUCACAGCAAGAAAUCAAACCAAGUUCCAGAACUGAAACUGAGAAGUGAAGAAGAAGAAGAGAACCCAAAUGAACUUUGUAAUGACAAAAUAAUUAAGGGACAAGUGGAUAAGGAAAAUUUAGGGCUUUCUCUUAUGUUCCCAUGUUCUGAAUUGGGUUCUUGUAAGCCAAUUUCAAAGGGCAAUGGCAGUCGUGGAAAUGGUCUUCGCCAGUCCUUGUUGUAG